AUGUCCGAACGUAAAGGUGAGGAUGGUCCUGAGCCCACUCAAAUACCGUUUUGGCGGAUGAUGUUUGAUCAUUCCGGUAUCACCCCAGACGUUCUCAACUACCAAUAUCGGGGAUCUGGGACGAAGGUUGAUCCGUAUAUUGUUACAUGGAUUCCAAACGACCCAAGAAACCCAAUGCUUUUGAACAACAAGUUUAAAUGGUCUAUUGCCGUGUUCGAAGCGCUCUCGACAACGGCUGUUGCCCUCGUCUCUUCUGCAUACACAGGUGGCAUGGACCAAAUCAUCGAGGAGUUCGGUAUCAAUCAUGAGGUGGCCAUCCUCGGCGUGGCCCUGUAUGUUCUUGGAUUCGCAGUCGGGCCAUUGCUCUGGGCACCGCUCGGCGAGCUAUUCGGGCGACAGAAGAUCUUCUUCAUUACAUUCUUAGGGCUUACGGCAUUUAAUUGCGGUGCUGCAGGUAGUCCAGACGCGCGGACUUUGAUCGUUCUGCGCUUUCUGGCAGGCUCUUUUGGAGCAUCUACCUUUACAAAUGCCGGCGGUGUCAUCGCAGAUAUAUUCGAGGCCUCAGAUAGGGGCCUUGCCAUGGGCAUCUACUCAACUGCUCCAUUUUUGGGUCCAGUGACUGGCCCAAUAAUAGGGGGAUUCCUUGGGAAAGCAGCCGGCUGGCGAUGGAUUCUGGGAUUUCUAGGAGCACUAACCGGAUUCUUCUGGAUUCUCGGUUGUUUGCUUGUUCCCGAGACGUAUGCUGUUGUUUUGCUACGGAGACGAGCUGAAAAACUAUCCAAUAUAACCGGAAAGGCUUACAUGAGUCGCAAAGAUGCCGAAACUGGCGAAGUUUCUGUGCAGAGCGCCCUCGGAACUGCACUCUCCAGACCGUGGAUUCUUCUGGUAAAAGAGCCUAUCGUCCUCCUUCUGUCACUCUAUAUGGCCAUCAUAUACGGGACUCUGUACUUGUUUUUUGCCGCCUUUCCUAUUGUAUAUCAACAAUACCGAGGCUGGGACCAAGCAAUCGGAAGCCUCCCUUUCCUUGGGCUGCUGAUUGGGAUGAUAGUAGCAAUCAUCUACCUCAUCCCCGAAAACAAACGUUAUAUUCGAGUUGUCGAGAGAAAUCACGGCUUGGCACCUCCUGAAGCUCGCCUUCUUCCGGCGCUGGUAGGAUCAAUCCCACUCCCUAUUGGGCUUUUCUGGUUCGCAUGGACUAAUGGCCCCGAAAUCCAUUGGUUUGCCAGUGUCGCUGCCGGCAUUCCUUUUGGGUUCGGCAUGGUUCUUGUGUUUUUAAGCGUCAUGAACUACCUGGUCGAUGCUUAUACGAUCUUCGCAGCUUCUGUUCUUGGAGCCAACACCUUCUUGCGAUCUAUUUUCGGCGCGGUUUUUCCGAUCAUCGCGACAUACAUGUACAACAACCUCGGUAUUCAUUGGGCAUCAACUGUAUUGGCAUUUUUGUCUCUUGCUUGUGUCCCGUUCCCGUUUCUGUUUUACAGAUACGGUUCUAAGAUUAGGCAAAAAUGCGCAUAUGCCGCUGAGGCAGCGGCACAUAUGAAGGGGCUACAGCAUGAUGAUGGAGGUGAGUCUUCACAGAAUUAA